AUGCUUGGUGUGUCUCUACCCUUAUGUCUUAAUAAAAAACUAAUGCUUGGGGGAGAAGAAUUGUAAUAACUAAGAACUGGUACUAAAUGUUUGGAAUGUCUGUUUGGUUAUUUUUGGGAUACCAUGUUUAAUUAAUGCUCAAGUAAUAGAUUGAAUGAUAAACCAAGAAAGAACUGUCCAAUAUGCAAUGAAUCGGGAUGCUUAUAUUGUCGUCCUGGAUAUGUUUUGGUGAAUUCUGCAUGUGUAGUUUUGACUUGUGUUAAAAAGCACUGCUUAUAUUGUUAAUUAGAUGACCCAAACAUUUGUACUGUCUGCAAUGAUGGGAUGGGGAAAUAUCUAACAAGUGCAGGUGAAUGUGAAUGCAACAUUAAAGGAAGCUAAGGGGAUUAUUAUGGAACCUGUAAAAGUUGUACUACAUUGUAUUGUUAACUUUGCGAUCCUACUCCGUUUUCUUGUACUCAUUGCGAUAGCUUUUAUGGAAGAGAAUUGGUAGGGACUUCUUGCGUUUGUCAAACCUUGUUCUUUGAGUUUUUUGACAAAACUAGAACGGAUGGCAGACCGUUAGUAUGCAAAAGAUGCCAUAAAACAUGUUAUGCAUGCAAGGGAACCACUAUGAGUGAUUGUGUAGAUUGUGGAGAUCCGAAUAUCUAUCAUCGUUAUUUAACAGUUAAAGGAGAAUGUGCUUGUAUUGAGGGGUAUGGAAAUGUAUUAUCAUUCUCUACUUAAGAAAACAAAUUAGUUCCAGAUCUUACAUGCGCUAGUUUAGAAUGUCAUAAAAAAUGCGCUGAGUGUAUUCAAUCUCGACCUGGUACUUCGCUGGAAUAUUGUAUAAAAUGUAUUGAUGGAUAAAACAGAGAAAUAUCAGAUGAUUUAGAUUGCGUAUGUCAAGAGAAUUAUAGUGAUGAUGGAAUCUAUGAAAUUUGCUAUAAGUGUUAUUAUGCAUGUGCAUCUUGCUAUGGAGUGUUGUCUAAAAGUUGUGUCAAGUGUUCAGACAGUUCACAUAGGUAUUUGUCAUAAAAGAAAGAAUGUUUAUGUUAAGAUCAGUAUUAUGACGACAAUGUGAAUAUGGAAUGCUAAUAAUGUCAUUAUUCAUGUUAAAAUUGUCUGUUUGACUCUGGGAUUGACAAAUGCACUCAGUGUCCUUCAUCAAGGAUUUCAAUUGUUGCUGGAUCUACUUUCAUUUGCACUUGUUAGGAAAUUGGCUACUAUGACUUGGAUGGAACUAUGGAAUGCCAACCUUGCCAUUAUUCAUGUCUAUCUUGUGAUGGACCAGAAUUGUAUAAUUGUCUAAGUUGCGAUACGACUUAUCGUGAAUUUGACUCAGUUUAAUGUAAUUGUCCUAUUGCUUCCUAUGAUAUCGGUAAUCUCUUAUGCUAAGGAUGUCAUUACAGUUGUAAAUCUUGUGACAACGUCAAUUUAGAUAAUUGUAUAGAAUGUUCAGAAGAAGUAUAAUACAGAGUUCAGAUUGGAAACACUUGUACUUGUAUGGAAGGUUAUUAUGAUAUAACUGGAGAACCAAUUUGUGGAAAGUGCUCUUAUAAAUGCUAACUCUGCAAGGAUACUAGCUAUUAUUGUUUAAGUUGUCCUCCUAAUUCAGGUCGACAAUUAGGAUCUGACAAUUCAUGUUCAUGCACUGAAGAGUUCUAUGAUGAAAUUUAAAUUCCUAUAUGCAAAAUGUGCCAUUUUAAAUGUUAAUCUUGCACUGAUGCCACUGAAUAAUCAUGUAACUCUUGUAAUAAAAAUAAAUUCAGAAAGUUAAUAAAUAAUGAAUGUGUUUGCAUGUAAGGCUAUUUCGAGUAGGAAGUAUAAGAGUGUUAAAAAUGCAGUUCAUAUUGUUAAGAGUGUGUAGAUUAAUAUGAUAAUUGUACAGCUUGUUCGAAAGAUAGAUAUCUCAACGGCAAUAAAUGUCUUUGUAAGACAAAAGUUCAGGGAUAUCAGAUAAGCACCUAUGAAUUGAAGGGAGUCCUAUAAUGCUAAAAUUGCCAUUAUACAUGCUUAACAUGUUAGAAGAGUUCUGCACCAAAUCAAUGUAUAACAUGUCUUGAUAGUGAAAACAGAGUAUAAAUUGGAUCUACGUGUAUUUGCAAAGAUGGAUAUUUUGAAGUCGGUAGGGCAGUGUGUUAAAAAUGCAGUAUAUAAUGUAAAUUGUGCAUUUCAAAGGAUGACACAUGUUUGGAAUGUUUGGAGAAUAGUCUGAGAGUGUUAAACUAGAUGUUAAAGAAGUGUGUUUGUCCUGAUGGAUAUUAUGAUGAUGGAUAAAACAGUUUAUGCUAAUAAUGCCAUUAUUCUUGUUAUACAUGUUCUAAAAUGAGCACAUUAUGUAGUGAAUGUAAAGCAUCAUCACAUCGACAACUUAACGACUUGAUCUUAACUUGUCCUUGCAAUCAGGGAUACUUUGAUUCAGGUGUUUAAGAAUGUCAAAAGUGUCAUUAUUCUUGUCUCAGUUGUAAUUCAUUCUAGAAUUGCUUGAGUUGCAUAAACUAGUCGGUUUCAAAUAGAGUACUAUAUUUAAAUUCGUGUAUUUGCUUACCUGGAUAUUAUGAUGAUGGAUUUUCAGCAAAUUGUAAAAAAUGCGAUUACUAGUGUUUAACUUGUAUAUCAUAAUCUUAUUAAUGCACUUCCUGUCCAUAAACCAGAAAUUUACAAUAAAAUUGUGACUGUUUAAAUGGUUAUUAUGAAGUUGGGUAUGCUUAAUGUUCAAAAUGUGAUGCCAAUUGUUUCAGAUGUUCUAAAUCUCCAACUUAAUGUAUAGAAUGUAAUGGUUAAUAAAAUCGGAUGUUAAAUAAGUAAAUGAGUAAUUGUGUAUGCAAAUUUGGAUAUUUUGAAUUGAAUGGAGUUUGUUAAUAAUGCAAUUUGACUUGUUAUACUUGUAUUGAUCAAUAGGAUAAUUGUACAUCCUGUCCUAUGGAUAGAAUAUAAAUUGGAUCAGUUUGUAAAUGCAAUGAUGGUUUUUAUGAGGAUUAUAAUGAUAAACAAUGCUAUCUUUGUCAUUCCUCAUGUUUGACUUGUAUCUACACAGCAACACAAUGUCUAUCUUGUAUAAGUGGAGACUUCAGAAUUUUAAAAUGGGGAUCUAAAUGUGAAUGUAUAGAUGGCUAUUAUGAAAAUCUAACCAAUCAAAAUUGUAUGCCAUGCAAUCAGACUUGUUUAACAUGCAAAUAUAAUGCUAAUCAUUGUACAUCCUGUGAUACCAGUCUUCAUUAUGAUAUUCAAUCUAAUUAAUGUGUGUGUAUGUCUAAAUACUAUUAUGAUGUUACUACCAAAUCGUGUUAAUAGUGUCAUUUUAGUUGUUUACAAUGUCAGAGUCAAUAUGAAUGUACUACAUGUAAUACACUUACUCGAGAAUUUGACAAUAUUUCGUUGAAAUGCAUAUGCAGGAAUGGAUACUUUGAAACAAAUACUGAGCUUUGUCAAUAAUGCCAUUAUUCAUGCUCCACUUGUCUGAGUUCUUCAACCAACUGCCAAACUUGUAGUCAAUCCUACUUUCGACUACUUAAUAAUAAUUAAUGCUAAUGUCUUUAAGGUUACUACGAUGUUGGUGUGUCAAUGUGUUAGAAAUGCUCUGAAGUAUGCAAAACCUGUUAGAGUUCUUCCACUAAAUGCACAUCAUGCUAUGACUCAGAAUAACAUAGAAUUUAAUAAGGAGACUAAUGUACUUGUUAAAGUGGAUAUUUCAAUUCUGGAUCUGUAAUUUGUUAAAAAUGCUCAAACUCUUGUAAGACUUGUGAUAUUCAAUCUCAUUUUUGUACAAGUUGUGAUUUAAAUUAAAAGAGAAUAGACAAAUCAAUUUAGAAGAAGUGUCCUUGCAUCACAGGAUUCUUUGAAGACUAAAAUCAGAAUUGUCAAAAAUGCCACAUAAAAUGUUAUGAUUGCAUCAAUUCCAGUGAAACUUGUAUCAGCUGUAAUUAUCAAGUCAACUCACAUCGUCAUUCUUUAUCAUAUCAAUGUAAUUGUAAAGAUGGGUAUUAUGAUGAUGGAACAUAAAUUUAAUGUUAGAAAUGCAGUUAUCAAUGUAAAAUGUGCUUAAAUGCCUCUACUAAUUGCUCAACUUGCAGUAACAGUUUCAGAUCAAAUCCUCCUCUUUGUAAUUGCAUCGAUGGAUAUUUUGAAGAUUAAUAAUAAACAUGCUAACCUUGUGAAUAUUAAUGUGGUACUUGUAUUACUAACCCAGCUUAUUGUUUAUCUUGUAAACCAGAUAGAAUUGGACCUACUUGUGAAUGUUCUGAUGGUUAUUUUGAAGCAGGUUUGAAUAAUUGUGUGUAAUGUGGAUUCUAAUGUUUGACUUGUGCUCAAGAUUCAAAUAACUGCACCUCAUGUAAGGGUAACAGAAUUUCAGUACCAAUAUGCAAAUGCCCUAAUGGAUUCUUUGAUGACUUUGUUAAUGAGAGUUGUCUACAAUGUCAUUACACAUGUGAUACCUGUGAUGCAAAUAGAUGUAUUACUUGCAAUGGAAACAGAAUCUUAUCUUAAGAAAUGACUUGUGAUUCUCCGCCAGGCUCUGUCUGCUAUUAAGAUACUCCAUGGUGCUCUAGUUGCGUUGUAGCAGUGUUAAAUAUUUAUUUCUCAGAUGAACUCGAUCGUCUAAUAAUAGUAUUUGAUUUUCCUUUGGAUGAUAAACUAUUCCAAUCCUACUCUUUAUCAAAUAAAUGCUUCUAAAUAUUUGAGAUGACUUCAAUCGAUAAACUAGGAAGGAAUCCACUUUGUUCAGUAAGUCCAACUGACAACCACAAAUUACUCAUUUAAUUAGGAGAUUAUCCUAAUAUAAAUGUAGGUGAUUAAUUGCUUUUCAAUAAUAAGUCUCUUUCUCAUCUAUCUUGUGAAUAACCGUUAUCAGUUUUUGUUCACAAUCAAGUUAAACCUCCAAUAAUAUUGCUAUAACCUUUAUUAGAAUUUGAUGUACCUGAUUAUUUAAUCAAUCCUUGUGUGGAAACAUAGAUCUAUUAAAUGAAUCGCAUGUAUGAUGGAAAAAGAGCUCUGAUAAAUCCUUAUUGGUAUUAUACAUCUUCAAGUCGAACUAAUAAACAAUUAGAUGACUUCAUUGAAAAUCAAAAUACCCUAAAGGAUUUCAAUUUAAUAAUACCUGCAGCUACUCUACCGAUCAAUUCCAAUAUCACCUUCUUUGUUCAAUUCUCAAACUUUUUGUCUACCUCUUAAGUAUAGCAUUUUAUGAUUUCAACUCAUGAUGGAGAUUCACCAACCAUUUUCUUAAAUAUAAAGAGGAGAUAUUUCACAUUCCAAUAAAUUCUACUUAAUUUUAAUAUCGAGACCAUUUAAUGUUACAAAAAGGUCAUCUUGACAUCUCAACUUUAUACUUAUGCAGUUUAAUUAUUUCAAAUAGAAAAGACUCCAAAAGAAGCAUCAGAAUCAAAUAUUAAUUAUGAUAUUACCUCCUCCUAAAAGGAUCAUUCUAUUGCAAUACAAGAAUAUAAAUUAUCCCCAAACUCUAAUUAUACUUUUUAAAUAAAUGUGACCAAUAAAAUUUCAGGUCAUAAUUAAUUGUAGACUUUUAAAAUCCAAAUUAUUUCAGCAGGUAUUUUGUGCCAGUUUGAUGGCAUCUUAAAUGUGUAAUCAUUUGCAAAGGAUAUGAAUUUACUUAUACAAUGCAAAGAUUUAGAUACACAAUUCAAUUGGAAUGCUGAUCCAGAUAUGUUUACAGAAAUAGAAUGUUUUGAAUUAACGAGAAAUCAAAAAUGUAUUGACAUCCAUAAGAAUAUCAUACUUGUAAAUAAAACAGAGAAAUUAUAACACAUAAAGAAAUUUAGUGUUGAACCACUCACAAUUCAGGAAUGGUCUCUUAAAGUUACUAAGAAAGCAGCUGAAUAUCAUUUUAGAGAGGUAAUUGUGUUCUUAGAGAAUGAAUUUAAAGUUCAGAAGAUAAAUUUUAAUAGUGGCUAUCUAAUGAGGGAUAUCAAUAAUUUCGAAUUACUGAAUUUCACCUUUGCUUUUACUGAAGAUUAAUAAUUAAGUUUGAUAGACUAUUCAGUUGGAAUUGUCUAUGACUAUUAGAUUCUAAAUAUAAUUUCACCAACUUUCACCACAUUUCAAUUUAGACUUUUUGAUUAUAUCACUCAAAUGAAUAGAGGCAAUUAAAUUAAUUUACGAUUUAAUGCAUAAUUUACUGACAAUAUUAUGCCUAAUCUCUACAAUCUAAAUCUAAAUCUCAAUUAGCCUGUUCCAUGUUAACAAUUAUAAAUUAACUAAAUGGACCUGCAAAAUAAUCUGAACUACUAUUCAAUUGCUGCUAUAUGUGACUAUUCAAACAACUUCCCAUACUCCUAUUAGUUAAAGUAUUUCUACAGGGAAUCUGAUUAUUAUCAAUACUUGAAGUUUUAAUCUGAUUACUCCAUUACAUUUUAAUAGUAUUAAACUUCCAAUAAAUUUGAAUUAUCACUACCAUCCUCAAUGAACUCAUCGAAUAUCAAUAUUUUGGUCUAAGUUAUUCAUUUAGGCGGAUCAAUUACUAACAUUUAUUAAAAGUUUAACAUUUAAAAGAGUAAAUUGAAUUGUACUCUUAAUUUUAAUUAAUCAUUAAGUCUGUAAAUCAAAAUUAGUUUACUAUUCGAAACCUAUAAUAAUGAAUGUUCAAAUCUAUCAAUUACUGUAUUAGAUAACUUAAAAUAGAUAUUAUUUACAGCCAAAAACCAAGAUAAAUAACUCAUAUUAUCCUCAAUUAAAUUAUUUAAAUUAAUCUAAACUUCAAAUUAAAUGGAUAAAGGAUAAAUUAGAUUAUUUGAAGAAAAACUACAAGAAGGAACUGACAAAUGUUUUGAUAAUCUUAAAAAACAUUUUAUUGUUUAUGGAAUACCAUAACAGUAAAAUGAAAGCUAAAUUAAAUUAAAAAAUAAAAUUACCAACAAUGUAGUUUUAAUCAAAAGUCUAAUAUCUUCUUCAUUACUUAAUCUCUAAUCUAUUGUUCUAAAAUUAAAUACUAAUUAAUUGUUCUGGGAUCAAUAAUUAGAAUAAAACAAAGAAUUUUCAAUAGACUCUUUAAAAUCCUCUUUAAUUUUAAUUGAUGACAUCUUUUAAGAUAUUUAAUAAAUCAAUUAAUCUGAUGAAAUGAUGUUAAACCAAAGCAUGUUUUUGCUUGAUUAAAUCAAUACAAUAGUAUCAAUCAUCUAAGAAAAAGCGAUAGUUGAUGGCAUAUAUUAAGAUUUUGAAGGAGCUUCAUUUAAUCUUUCAUUAAAAAGAAUUAGCAAAAAACAUUUAAAUUAGUUACUUAAUAUAGACACCAAUGCAUUUGAUUUUUUAGUUUCAUUCUGCUAGCUAGAAUAAUUGAGUUUAGCAUUUAAUCCAUAUCUAUUUUCCUCCAAUUUUUCAUUUAAUUCAUUAGAUCAUUCAAAUGAUUCCGAAAUUUAGAUUGCUGAUCAACCAUUGAAACGGGUCUCUUUAAAGAACUAUUUCAAAAAAAAACCCUUCAUAUUAAUCGAUUAACUAUAAAAUUACAUUAUUAGUUUUAAUAAUUACACAAUUUGUAAAAGUGAUUACAAUAUUAUCCAAGAAUUUGAUCUGAUUUGUAUCGUCAAAACAACCAACUAAGAAAUUAAAAAAUGCACUCUCAUAUAACAAUUUGAUGAAUCCUUAAAUUAGACUUUAGUAGCCUGUCAAUGCAAUUAUUCAGGAGAAGUUUUCUUAUUAAAAUCAAUCAUAAAGGAUAAUACUAUAGAAUAUAUUGAUAUACCAACAAUUAACUAAAAAUCAUAGAUUUAAAUUGGUUUUAUUAUAGGUGACCCUCUAUUCAUUAUUAUUAAUAUCUAUUGUUUUAUUACUUUAAUCGCCUAUUCUUAUUACAUUUAUUAGGAACUAAAAAUUCAGAAAUAAGGCAGAAUAAAACAGUAAUGCGAAAUCAGCUCCUUUAGAUAAUCUAUACAUCUAUAUCCUGGAAAUUUAUAGAUUUUUAAGAAGGAAUUGAAGUACUUGCAUCAAAUAACAGCACUUUAUUAUCAUGAAAUUAAUCAUACUAAAUUAAGUAAAGGUAUACUAAGCACAUUUUCUUUAAUCAGCUUUGCAUUCUUGCUAUUUUUGCUUGAAUUUUCAAAUUUAGAAAUUCAAAAGAUUUGGAUAUAUGUAAUUUUUAUGUUUAUAAAUUGCGUUCUUUUUGAAAUGGCUAGAGGAAUCUUGAAGAUAUUGAGGGUAUUGUCUCGAUUUGGUAAAAUAAUAACUAUCAUGUGUGCAAUAGUUUAAGUAGUAUUGCUCUUCUCUCCUUCAAUAGAAUACAUGGUUGGUUUUAGUUAGCAAGUAGAAUGGGAUAUAGUGACUUUGAUCGUUGUCUUCUUAAGUUGUUUGAUAGUAAUCUUUGUUAUAUUAGAGCCAAUACUUGUUUUUAUACGAAUAUUUUUGUAUAAUUUGAUACUGCCAAGUAUAAAAUCCAAUUAACUGAAUCCUAUGCACCACUUGUUAUACUUCUUUAUAUUCCAUGAAAACUUAGAAAGCGAAUUAUCUUAAUAUAAAUUGAUUUGA